UCUUCACAUUUCUCCCACACCAUCGAUUCCUCUUUUCUCCAAACGCCAUCGAUAAUUUCCCACCAUUCUCCUUUUUCCCCUAUCUAUAUACAAUCCUAAGCACCAAAUUGUUUGAUCGGCAGCUUCCCGACGAACGACGACGGUUAGUUUAGAUAAGAACUUGUCUCUCUGUGGCUUUUCGGUUUUUGAUUGGAUUAAUUUGAUUAAUAUAAUGGAGGCGAGUUCUAAAGAAGAGAGUUCUAAAGGAGGAGAUGUUUCUGCUGCGAAGAAGAAUGCUUUGGCUGGUAAAUCUAUAGGAAGUUUUAGUGACAGGGAUAUGUUUAAUCAAACUGAUGCGAAGAAGAAGGCAUUGGCUGGUAAAUCUGUAGGAAGUUUCAGCAACAAAGAUAUGUUUUUCAGAGCAGAUAAGAUUGAUAUCAAGGAUCUUGAUAUCGGGUUUGAGAAGAUGUUGAGUCGAGCUUGGUCCAAGGAAGCCCUGAAGCCAAAAGAAGAAUGGGAAAUCGACCCUUCGAAAUUGAAUCUACGAUACUUAGUUGCUCAGGGUACUUAUGGAACAGUUUAUCGCGGUACCUAUGAUUCUCAAGAUGUUGCAGUUAAAUUGUUGGAUUGGGGAGAGGAUGGUAUGUCUACUGUCGCGGAAACGACUGCUUUAAGGGCUUCUUUUCGUCAAGAGGUUGCUGUUUGGCAGAAACUUGAUCAUCCAAAUGUUACCAAAUUUAUUGGUGCUUCAAUGGGAACAUCUGAUAUAAAGAUCCCUUCGAAGAAUCCAACCAGCAGCGAUUCGAAUACACUUCCGUCGAGGGCUUGUUGUGUGGUUGUUGAAUAUGUUCCUGGUGGGAAUCUAAAGAAGCUUCUUUAUUCGAAUAGGAAGAAGAAACUCGCAUUCAAGAUCGUUAUCCAACUUGCUCUAGACCUCUCCCGUGGAUUGAGCUAUCUCCAUUCAAAAAAAAUUGUUCAUCGGGAUGUGAAGGCGGAGAAUAUGCUGUUAGAUACGCAGAGAACUUUGAAGAUUGCGGAUUUUGGGGUUGCUCGUGUUGAAGCGCAGAAUCCUCAGGAUAUGACGGGUGAAACUGGAACCCUCGGUUACAUGGCCCCAGAGGUUCUAGAUGGGAAGCCUUAUAAUAGGAAAUGUGACGUUUACAGCUUCGGAAUUUGCUUAUGGGAAACGUAUUGUUGCGAUCUUCCUUAUAUGGAUCGUAGUUUUGCUGAUAUUUCAUAUGCGGUUGUGCGACAAAAUCUGCGUCCAGAAAUCCCGAGAUGCUGUCCUAGUUCGUUAGCGAGCAUUAUGAAGAAAUGCUGGGAUGCUAAUCCAGAGAAAAGGCCGGAUAUGGAUGAGGUUGUGAAGCUUCUUGAAGCCAUUGAUACGACCAAAGGAGGGGGGAUGAUACCGGAAGGGGAAGGUGGCGGCUGUUUUUGCUUUGCUCCCACUCGAGGCCCUUGAUUUGCUUCGGUUUCAAUUAAAUAUCUUUCUUUUUUACUUUGUUCUAAGGUUUGUUUUAUAUUUAUGCAGACAAUUAAUGUGUAUUCAUAUGGUUUAUAAUUUAUUUUUCUAAUGGAGAAACUUGGGAUGGUUUCUAUAUUCAUAAAUAAAUAUGAAUGAGGGUAGUAAAUGGAUAGUGGAUUGGA